AUGAAUGAGGGAAUAGAGCUUGUGGCCAUCUUAUCCAAGCUUAGCAUGUGCAACAUCCACAUUUGGGGCAAUUGCUUUAACUGCAUAGAGCCUAAUUGCGCAGAACAACUCGGUGAAUUGGAUAGGUCUCUCAGGAGGCUAUUAGAAUUACUAGAGUUGGAGCAAAGGAGGAAUGUGACAGAGCUCUUAUGUUUGGCAAGACACGCCAAAGACAAACAAGAUGAUUUGGAGAAAAAGCAAGAUGAAUUAGAGAAAAAAGUAGAUGUUAUAUUGAGGGGGCAGCAGGAAAUCCAUGCCAUGCUGAUGGAGCAGCAGGAUGUAAUAAGGAGAAUUGUUUCGAAUAGUGAGCAACAAGCCCCAUUAUCAAGUGAAGGAGGGGCUGCUAAUCCUGCUCUAGGACGACUAGGAGUAGUAUUCCGGCAGUUAUUUGAUGCCGUUGCACAAGUGACAGUCGAGAACAUGAUGUUUAAACGGCUGCUCAAAACAUUCAAAUCCACGCUCUACUGCAUACAGCCUCUAAUAGAAGAGAUAACAGAACAUAGUAGGGUCCUGCAUCUUCCAAACCAAGAAGCAGAAAAGCUUAUUCUACAAAUAGAGAAUGGUGUAGAGUAUGUUCUCAAAUGCUCCAAAGUUGGCAAGCAUGCCAACUACAAGAAGUACAAACACACCAACAAAAUUCUUGAUCUAAAUGAAUCAUUUCAGAAGCUCUUCAUUGAACUCAAAGGACAGGUAGAAAGGAACGUGAAGGAGGCCAUAGACUCUGCAGAUAAAAUAGAGAUGGCGAUCAGGAAAAUUGAAGCUGAAUUAGAUUUAUGUGACGUCCAACUGCCUGAACAUCCUUCACCUGCAAUUGGAAUUGAUAUACAUAAUAUGCAGGGAUUAAGAGAUGUAUCUGAGACUUUGUUGGACUCAACAAGUGUUGAAGAUGAGGGGUUGCAGCGAACUGAAGACAAUAGGGCAGUACAAAGUCAAAUCAACAUCCAAGGUUCAUUUGACGUGCCCCCUCAAGUCCCUUCACAUGCGGACGUAUUGCAUGUACUGAAGAUGCAGCGAUGCGGACGUAUUGCAUGUACUGAAGACCGCCUCCCCUAUGCAUCGCCUACCCCCUCAUCCUACUCCAGCUGCUUCACCCCUUCUGAGUCGAAGAGCUCCGCCAGCUUCGCCGACUCCGUGUUUUCCUAUGCGUCCGGAGCUGGGAGUGAGAGGAGACGCGUGUCUCGUUACAGCCAGGAAGUUUAUGCCAACUUGAAUGAGUCGAGAAAAGAGAGACAGGCUGGGAGUGUGAAGUUCACCAUGGAUGAAAUCUAUAGGGCCACUAAGAACUUCUCUCCCUCGGUCAGGAUCGGACAAGGCGGCUUUGGGACGGUAUACAAGGGGAGGCUUGAAGAUGGGACCUUAGUUGCUAUUAAGCGUGCCAAAAAGGGUGAAAAUAACGAGCAUUUGGUUGAGGAGUUCCAGAGCGAGAUUCAAAUGCUGUCGCAGGUGGAGCAUAUGAACCUGGUCAAGUUUUAUGGGUACGUGGAGUAUGAAGAUGAGAAAGUGGUGGUUCUGGAGUAUGUUCCUAAUGGAAACCUUAGACAACAUUUGGAUUGCAUGCAAGGCAACAUUCUUGACCUUGCGGCGCGGAUUGACAUUGCAAUCGAUGUGGCUCAUGCUGUCACCUAUCUUCAUAUGUACACAGAUCAUCCAAUAAUCCAUAGGGACAUAAAGUCUUCCCACAUUCUCCUGACAGAGAAGUUAAGAGCAAAAGUAGCUGACUUUGGUUUAGCUAGGCUUGGAGCUGAUAGUGAUUCGGGUGCCACUCUUGUGUCUACUCCAGUUAAAGGAACCGCUGGCUACCUGGACCCCGAGUACAUCAGAACCUAUCAAUUUACAGAUAAGAGUGAUGUUUACUCAUUUGGUGUCUUACUAGUUGAACUGGUUACAGGCAGGCGUCCACUUGAACCAAAACGGGAAUUCACGGAACGGAUAACUGCAAAAUGGGCAAUGAAGAAGUUCAGUGAUGGAGACGCUCUUCUAAUUAUGGAUCCCAGGCUGGAAAAGAAUGCAGCCAACAAUUUAGCCAUUGAAAACAUUCUUGAACUAUCCUUGCAAUGCUUGGCUCAACGUGGACAGCACCGGCCUAGCAUGAAGAGGUGCGCGGAGAUCCUCUGGAGCAUCCGUAAGGACUAUAAAGAGAUAUCAGCUCCAGAGUUCUGUUCAUCUACGGCCUUUUCUCAAAGGAGCUCUUCAACAAGAGAAGAUUAA